CCGUCCGUUUGUUUACGCGAAUGUCAAAAUUACGCGCCACACUGGGCAUGACUCGCCGCAAGCGCUAUUCGCGUAUUUACAGGACCAGCACGCACGGUUCAAAUGCCUUCCGUGAGUUUUAAAGCCAUUGAAUCGUUUAGCUCAGAAGAUCCGAACUAUCCCGCCUCGAAUCUUCUGAAGCCCGGCAACAAGAAAUGGAAGUGUCGAGCAGCGGGCGAACCGAAAGCCUUCGUGGUGCUACGGCUCGAAGAACCGACCCACAUCACCGGCAUUGACAUCGGGAACGAACAUUCCGCCCUGAUCGAGGUGCUGGUUGCCCGGAGCGGUCCAAGCAAUCCGGCCUUCACGGAAAUUCUGCUUGCCACCAAGUUCAUGAACCCGGUGGACAGCCGCAACUCGACCGGCACGAACGGGGUGCAGUGUUUCGGCUCUUCCGCCCUCAUACCGUCGGUGGCAGGCGAGAAGUGGGAUUUGGUGAAGAUCAUCUGCACCCAACCGUUCAACUCGCGCGUCAAGUAUGGUCUUACGUUUGUCGCGCUGCAUACCACGUCCACCGGCGGCGGGGUGGACAAAAAGGAGAAGAAGAGUCUGGUGCCGGAAAAAUUCCAGCAGCAGAUCCGGCAGGAAGCGGACAAGUCCAAAGACAAGCCGUUGGGCGGGUUAAACUUGGGUCGGUUUAAGCUGCGCGAAGAGUCGCCGGAUUCGGACGAUGCCGGAAGCUCGAGCGUGUUUGCCCGCUGGAAGAACAAAACGGCGGCAACGAUCAGCUCAACCACUGCGGGCCCAUCCGUCAGUGCCUUGAUGCGCGAUGCCAGCAACACACCGAAGGUACUGCAAAAGAACAUUCCCACACCCGGGAGUGUACGCAGUGUGGCGCAAGCAAAACCAAAACCACAAACGUUCGCGGAGAGCGAUGAAGAGGAGGACGUGAAGAUAGUCCACACCAGCGUGAAGGUUAACCGUAACGAUGUAUCCGUGCUGUAUGACGCAGAGGAUGAUAAGCCGACGAAGAAGAUGAAUGAAAGUGUGGCCACAUCGCACGCCCGUAGCGAGGGGGGAAGACGUGAAGCGGCCCUCACACCGAAGGCCGAUUCGAAGAAACCAUCCAAACUGCACGAUACAUCUUCUUCCAAGUUUAAAGAAUUCCUAAACCUUGCCGGGUCGACGAAUGGCGAACUGAAGCGAAAUGACGAAAGGAAAAGCUUGACUGCAACAACCCCGGAGGCUAGAAAACCACUAACAAAUCAUGUACAUUCUGAGCAGAAGAAGAACACACCGGUUAAACCACAGGACCAAUCCCGUCCACCAUUGUCCAUCGAGAAGCAAAAGGUGCCGCCUGCGAAGCGAUUGUCCUCUCCGUCGAAAAGCCCGGCCAACAACCAACGGGACGCCUCACCUAAUUUGAAAAAACCGAGACUAUCAAACGGCCUCGUGGAGGACAGUGAUACAGAGGUACAGAAGAAACCGGUACAGUACAAACCGUUUGGCAAGCUGCUGGAAAAUGUGGUUCUGGUUAUAAGUGGAAUACAGAAUCCCGAUCGUGCCGACAUUCGUAACCAAGCGCUGGCGAUGGGAGCUAAGUACAAGCCUGAUUGGGAUGCGUCCUGUACCCAUCUGAUCUGUGCGUACAAAAACACUCCAAAGUACAACCAGGUGCACGGGAAGGGAAAAAUCGUAAAGCAAGACUGGAUCAAAAAAUGUUACACCAACCGGAAACGACUUUCCUGGCGCAAGUUCGCCCUGGAUACGGUGGAAGCAAAUGCAUCCGAUUCGGAAGCUGAAAUUGUAGAUAUUGCGAACAAACCGGUGGACAAGGUGGAGGAAAACCAGUCCGACGACGUCACCGUAGUGGACACCGUACAGGAAGGGGCCGUAAUGCUGCACGAGUUGAGUGACACGGAUGAGGACGCUAUCUAUGGCCAAUCUGCACAGAAAGUGUACGAGAAAAGUACGGAAGAGGAAGGCGAUCGGGCAAACGAGGACAGUGGUGCAGUGGACGGUGGGUUGGAUUUCUUCAAGGGGAAAAAGUUUUACCUGCAUCCCGAGUUGCCGGCCGUGGAUAAUAUUAAGCUCGAACGGUACAUACAGACGUUCCGGGGAAGCGUUUGCACCGAGAUGACCAGGGCGGAUUAUGUGAUUGCUCGCAGCAAGCAUACCUUGCCGUCGUCCAGCCGGGCUGAGCUGGUGAAACCGCUUUGGGUGUACGAGUGCAACGACAUGGAAUGCCUGAUACCGGUAAAUCGAUAUCGAAUUGUUUAGUGACCCCGCUCUCCCGGGCGCUGUGUAACAUGACCAUCAAUGGGACGAGAAA